CAAGUGAAAUAAAAACCAGGUUUUUAAGGUUGUGCUGCUACUGCUGCUGCCUUUCACUGACAUGAACAUGAAAACAGUUGUGAUCCUCCUGCUCUUGGCUUUGGCGACCAUUUUUGCUUUAGUUUGUGUUUUGCUGACUAAAAAGGAAAAAAGCACCAGGUGCGUCCUCUCAGAGCUGCAGGGUCCUCCAGAAGAUAUCGCCACCGAUCGGAGCCAGGUCUUUGCUGACCUGACAGCAGAUGAGAUGGUGCGAGUGGUGAAAUACCUCAGGGACCAUCUUGGUGUGCACCUGGAAGACGCAUUUUAUGCCAAACCUUUAGAUAAUUGUAUUUACUAUCUGGAUGUGCAUCUCCCCACUAAAGUAGAAGUAUUGGGCUUCCUCGACCGUGGAAUGGAGCGACCCUCUCGAGAGGCAUUGGCUGUGGUAUACUUUGGAAGCCAGAUAGAUCCAAAUAUCACCGAAUUCAUAGUUGGUCCCCUUCCAUUCCCAACUUACCAUCGAGACAUCACCCUGAGGAAAUUUGGCAAGAAGGUGCCAUACCACAGCAGACCGGUGACAGAAAGAGAAUACAGAGAUAUUGAUCUUUUUAUUUUCCAAGAGCUUGCACAGGUCUCCAAGCUCCUCCAAGUAUGUUGUGAAUAUAAUGGUACAAACCUGGCUACUCUGACCUCAGCUCCCCGGGGGCUUGUGUCUGGUGACAGAGCUACCUGGUUUAUCUUGUUCCACAACGUGGUGGGCAGCGGCUACUACACCCACCCUAUUGGCCUGGAGGUGCUGGUGAACCACAGCAGUCUCAGCUUUUCUGAGUGGAAGAUAGAGAAAGUGUUCUACAAUGGUCAGUAUUAUCAGGAUCUGGCACAGCUGGAAAAGGAGUUCAGUGAAGGACGGGUGAAGGAGGUGAAAGUGAAGAUGGUCCGGCAGAAUGAUUUCGCUUCCACAAAGCCUUUAGAACCUUCUCAUCCAGGCCCUGUUCAGUUUGAGCCCCGUGGAAUGCGCUACAAGGUAAAUGGCAGCCAUGUUUCCUGGCAGUCAUGGGCGUUUGCCUUUGGGAUGAAUGUGAACACAGGGCCACGUCUCUUUGACAUACGAUUUGAGGAUAAGAGGAUUGUCUAUGAGCUGAGUCUGCAAGAAGCCCUCGCCACAUAUGGCUCCAACUGUCCUGGAGGGAUGGUGACCAGGUACAUGGAUGGCAGCCUAGGCAUUGGGAAGUUUGCUUAUGAAUUGGUUCGGGGUGUGGACUGCCCCUACACUGCCACCUAUGUGGAUCGACAUUACUUGAUAGACUCGGACAUCCCAAAACUGAACAAAAACUCCUUCUGUAUCUUUGAGCAUGACAUGGGUGUGCCUCUGCGUCGCCAUUUCUCUAACAUGGGGUCUUUCUACUAUGGGGGGUUAGCCAAGUAUGCUCUGGUCUUAAGGUCAAUUUCCACCCUCAUCAACUAUGACUAUGUCUGGGAUUUUGUGUUCUACCAAAAUGGUGCUAUAGAAGUCAAGGUCCAUGCGACGGGAUACAUCAGUUCUUCAUUCUUCAUGGAGGGUGGUACUGAGUAUGGAAACAGGGUAGGGGAACACACGCUUGGAACCAUGCACAAUCAUUUGAUAAACUACAAAGUUGACUUGGAUGUAGGAGGAACCAAGAACUCCUUGGUGGCCAUUGAUAUGGAAUAUGAGUCUUUGAAGGCCCCUUGGAGCCCAGAGCACCAGAUCGAGCGCCUAAAGCUCACGAACGAAAUCCUAAACAAGGAAGAACAAGCCACUUUCCCACUUAAUGGCAAAGUCCCUCGAUAUCUGCACUUCGCCACUAGCAGGGAGAACCACUGGAAUCACCAGCGCGGAUACCGCAUCCAGAUACUCAGUUUUGCAGGUGAUCCCUUGCCCCAAACUAGCACCAUGGAGAGGUCUAUCAGCUGGAGCAGAUACAAGUUGGCUGUCACCAAACAGAAAGACGAAGAGUUGACCAGCACCUGCAUCUAUAACCAGAAUGACCCUUGGGACCCACUAGUGGUCUUUGCUGACUUCAUAGACAACGAGACUAUUGUCAAUGAGGAUCUGGUGGCUUGGGUCUCAGUUGGCUUCUUGCAUGUGCCACAUGCCGAAGACAUUCCCAACACUGUGACACUGGGCAAUGGAGUGGGUUUUUUACUUCGGCCUUACAACUACUUUGAUGUUGAUCCAUCAAUCAAGUCCCCUGAUGGUGUCUACUUCACAGCUCAACAAGAUGCAAGAAAAUGUGAUGUUACUCACAUUGCAUGCUUGCAAAAGACAGCCUCGUGUUCCCCCAGUCUACCUCCUUUCACAUACGGUGGCUUUGGCAACUUGACAGAUCCCUGACCAGAAGGAAAGACUACAUUUGGUUCUGUUUCUCAGCUUUCCAAAAUAUGCCUCAGCUUUACCUGAAUAACAAUGUUGCUGAACCUAAAAUAUGCCUGGCCUUGAACACACUUGAUUUGCUACAUUCAUUCUGUCUGCUCCCAAGACUGUUGCUUUCCCCUUAGUAUUAUAAAACCUAGGACUGGACAGGUUCCUCUGCAUUCAACAGGAUGUUUCACACAUUAUAUGAUAAAGCCACUCUGUCUUGAGUCUCUUGAGAUAUUGUGAUUUUGGCCCUGAGCAUAUAAAGAUUCUCACCUAUUGAGAAAUAAUUAGGAAAGGGAGUUAUUUUUUCCUUGCAUUUUAAAUGUAUAAGUUGUUUUAAUUCAGCAUUUAACAAAACAAUAUACAAGGUUUUUUUUUAACAAAACAAUUUACAAAUGAAACAAAGACAAGCAUAUGGGCAAAGAGGGGGAGAGAUGAAACACAGACUACUAAAGUACAGUAGCCCCUUGCAAUUUUCAUCCAUUCCUGACACACACACACACACACCCCGGUGAAAAUGGCAACUUGCAAAUAUUCAAGUUCCAUUGAAAAUAAUGGUGUGCGUGGGGCCAUGUGCAUGUGUGCACCACCAUUUUGUCCCUCCCUGCAUGUCCCUCCCAUGGAGAGUGAGACCGCGGACUCCAAAUCUGCAAAAAGGGAGGGACAACUGUAAAUGGAAAGUUGUUUUAAUUCAUGAUAAUGGGACAAGGGUAAGAAAUACACAGGCAAGUGUCCAAAAGGAUUUGACAGCAACAGAAUAUGUUUUCAACCUACAGGGAGAACUGUAAGGUGUGCUCAAUUCAAUGCUGGAUAGUGGGAUUUUUUUUUCCCACCCAUGAGACCCAUUUGCCAUUUCUGUUGGCUGUUCACUUCCAAGUUGCAGAGGUAUAGUGGAAACCUGCAUGGACCUCUGAAAAUGUGAGAUGUAAGACAACUUCCAGCCAAAAGGAAAUAUGAGCAGCAUAAAAUGAAGGUUACAAAGUGACAGAUUGAUAAAAUUAAGGAAGUUCAAGAGUGCAGAAAUGUAUAGGAAGCUGAUUUGAGAAUGGAAAUGGGAAUGGAGCCAGGAAAAAAGUUGUGUAUCAGAAGCUUUAGCCUCCACUUGCAGUGCCUGCAUAGGGAGAGUGUGCUAUUAUGCAAAUAAUAAUAAUAAUAAUAAUGAAAAUAAAAAUUAAAAAAAAUUUAAAAGGUGGGGGUUGAGAAAUAGAAAUGUCUACAGUGUAGGAAACUAACAGAGAAAAAGUAUAAUUGAAAGAGAGCUAUGAGAUGUCAUUGAUGUAUGAGUUCUCCAUAAAAUAUUAGUGAUGGAAGCAUUGCAAUUAUACACUAAAUUUCAAGGGCAAAUCAGCCAAUGACAGUUGCCACAAAGGAAACUGAUAAUUACACUUCUAUAUGGUUAUUUUACCAUUCACCAGUCAUGUCUCAUAUCACACAGGGGAAAGAAAUGUGUGCCAUUCCUUCCAGGUGAAUGUAAAAGCUGGCCACAGAAUGUAUUCAGCUUCCAAAUGCUCUAGUCUUCUCCUCCCUUCUCUUUUCCCAUGCAUUUUCUCAUUCAUUAGGAGAAUGGAAUGUGUGUCCCUGAUGAGCCCCUCUGAUCCCCCUUUACCAAGGGGGAAUUUGUCCUUCAAACUUAAUCAUUUGAGGUCACUUUAUCACAACAUUACGAUCGGCUUUUAAAGAUAAUGUGAAAAACUGACCCAGCACAUCACUGUUGCCAAUGGAGGAAGUGAGAAACAACCCAUCCUGACUGAUAGCCAUAGAUAUUUCCAUGAAUUUAACUGAUAUCCUUUUAAAGCUCUCCAGUUUGGCAGUCAGCACUACAACUUGUAACAAUGAAUUUCCACAGUUAAACUGUGCAGGGUGAGAAGAAGUAAUUCCUUUUCUUUGUCCUGAAUCUCCCACCAUUGAGCUUCAGGGGAGAUCUUGGGUUCUAGUAUUAUGAGAAAGGGAGAAAGCUAGUGCCAGGACAUUCAUAAGAAUCUGUCAUUUUAAUAUGGUCUGCCACGGACUAAACUUUGCUGUGCACACACAGAGUGUACAGCUUUUGGUGUAUACGUUAAAUAAAAGGGUCUGAAUGUUUUCAUUGGCAUUGUGUAUGUGAAUUAUGUAUUUUCUUGAUAAGUGUGGUUGAAAUAGACCUGUGUCUUUUCUUGCUACACAUGCUGUUGAUGGUAUACAUGUAUGUGUAGAAUAAUCAAUGAGUUUCUAGUGAACUAUCUUCAUGUGUGGUGUGUAGUUGCACAUGUGUGUAUGCUAAGUGGCUAGGAACAGACAGUAUAUCACCGCAUUUAACAUCUUCAAGGCUGACCUUUUCAUUUUCUAUUUCAUUCCUAAUGGCUCUUUUGCUUUAUAUAAUUAUGGCCCUAUUGUUCCACUAAGUGCCAUUGCUGCAUCCUUUCGAAUCCUGGGAUUUGUAGUUUGGUGAGGCAAUAGAACUCUCUGGUUGGGAAUUCUAAAUGCCCUUCCCUAAACUGCCUGUCCCAGGAUUCCAUAUGAUAAAACCAUGGCAGCUGAAGUAGAAUCACAGUACUGUAAUAUAAUUAUGCAAUAUCAAACAUCCUCAGCUGUGGGUGUAGGAAAGCGUGGAAAUGGAUCAAAAUAACCCAAGGGGAGGUGGGGUAUGGGAAGGGUUAAGAAUAUAUUUCCACCCACGAUUCUUCCGUAAAAAUACAUAACCCUCAUUUUUGCAUUCAUGUUAAUCAGAAAACAUAUAUUUGGAAACCAGGAUCUACAAUAUAUAGCACUAUGAUUCCACUUUAACUAACAUGGCAGUAUCCUAUGGAAUUCUGUAGCUUGUAGUUUGGUGAGGCACUAGAACUCUGUGGCUGAAAAUCCUAAAUGCCUCUCCCUCAACUGCAAAUCCAAGGAUUUCAUAGGAUAGAACCAUGGCAGCUAAAGAGGAAUCAUGGUGCUAUAACUAUAUAGUGUGAAAGAAAACAAGCCUUCAUUGGAUACAAAUUGUCCUGUCCUAUCUGACCUAGCCUGUAGUUCCUCAGAUCCAUAAAGAAGUAGAGCUGGAGAGUCUCUUCUCUGCCUUUCACCCUUCCUUAGGAAUGCAUUGGUGCUAAUUGUUUUUUUCUCCUGGGAAUCAAGGGAGUCCCCCACCAUCACCACUUUUAAAGCCUACUCUGAAGUGUGUAUGUUAAUUCUGAAAGUAAAAGCUGGCUGGAAACCAGCCAUCCUGAGAAAGGAAAGAAAACCAUCUUCUUCUGUGCAUGAUGGCCACAACUCAGAUUGCAGCUGUGCUUAUUGAGUAUAAAAAUUAAAAGGAUUUUGAAUUUUGGCAUACUAAUUUGUGUCUUUGGCAUACUAUGUAGUUUGAUUAAAGGGUAGAAUUUCAGCAGAUUAGUAUUGCUGGUUUACAAUUUUUUUUCUGUUUUAUUGUGUAUUUUCACAAAUCCCUUUCUCUACUCUGCCUUUAUAUUUACUUCAAUAAACAGUUUAAAUUAGAAUAUCAGCCUGGACUGUUUCACUGUUUAUACUUCCAAGGGCAUUCUGAAUUUAUGGCUUGGAAUUUUAG